UCGAUCAAUCCGCUGUAUCGAUUCAAUGCCAUCGAUAUGGCGGAAUCGGAGCGGUUUUACAAAACUCUGUGCUCAUUGGAGACCGUCAGAUCCGAGAAAAAAGGUUUCUUCCGGGAUUUCAGCGAGGACGUGGCACGAGUCGCCGGGGAACAGUGGAUCUCAAAAGUGUUCGGUCGACUGACCACCGACGAGGAACGAGUUCGAACUAUUUUCACAGAUGGAAAGAUAAAGGACACUGUGCUGGAAACGUUGAAUCGCACGGAGAUCCUUUAUCGCGACAAGGAUGCAAUGGCGUCUAGAGCGAGAAGGCUCGAAGGAUUCGAAGCCUUGGCAGCGGAGGAAAAGAGGAAGGCGUUGUUACUGUUCAGUCAAGCCAUUCUUCGAGCACCCCUUCCAGGGAAAUGUAAGACAGUCGAUCGAGGAUUAGGAUUGCCACUUGCAUUUCUAGCUAGAGCCGAAGCUUUUCUCACAUGGAACGAAUAUCGGUUCGCUCUGGAAGAUUUGACUUUCGUCGAGGAGAUGAAUCAUUUUCUACCAAACGAGUUAAGAACAAUGUUGGCUCGGAAGAAAGAAACGUGCGAGAAAUUCUUACGUGCAACUGAAAAAAACCUGGUAUCUAUAGAACAGAUGUCGGAUCGAAGGAAUGGAGCACUGGUUGCCACCGAGGAAAAAUAUGUAUUAAAAGGUGGUGAAAAUCCUCGCCUACCAGGAGCCUCGAUUCUCCUCGACGUUGAAGAAACGAUGAAUGCUGGCAAACGAGUGAUUGCGGCCAAGAAUAUCGAACCUGGAGAUCGAUUGAUCAUUGAAUCGCCACACGCGGCUAUUCUGCUUCCAGAAUUCUUCGGUACCCAUUGCCAACACUGCUUUUCAAGAUUCAAAGCUCCGAUAGGAUGUCCGGAUUGCAGCAGCGUGGCGUUCUGUGGACGAAAGUGCAGGGAUGCAGCUUUGGCCAGCUACCACAAAUACGAGUGCAAAAUUCUGGUCCUGUUGAUAGGCUCGGGGAUGAGCGUUCUGAGCAUGCUCGCCUUGCGAAUGGCGACUCAAGUUGGUCCAGCCGGCUGCCUCCGCAUUUACCGAGCAUUAAAUCGUCAAGAUUCUGUGAUAGACGGGGAGGAAAUUGCAGAAUCAUCGACGAUAACAACAACGACGGAGAAACUGAGCAAAUCGGCGAAACGUCGUUCGAGAAGGAAGAAACUGCGAGACUCGAGGCGGACAAAGGGGGAGGAAACGGUAGCGGAACGUCGGGAAAUAAAAGGAGAGGAAGGAGAAGAUGAGGAGAAAAUGGUGGAAAAUAUGGAUCUACGAGUAUACGAUCUCGUGAUGCAUGAAAAACGAAGGACGGCCAAGGACUUUUUCGAAAGAUCCUUGAUGGCAGCGUUCCUUUUCAAGUGCUUGCAGAAGGUUGGAUUCUUCGACAAUCCCUCGAGCAACGAAGAAAUGCCCAACGAUCGAGAGAUCGCAGUGGCUAGUCUCCUGCUGAAACAUCUUCAAUUGUUGCAAUUCAACGCGCACGAAGUAUUCGAGACGCGACUUGGAACGGAGCAUCGGUUUCGUGGUAGCAAACCUAUCUAUAUAGGAGUAGCCAUUUAUCCGACAGUUGCCCGGUUCAAUCACGAUUGUUAUCCGGCGGUAACCAGAUAUUUUCUCGGUCGUUGUAUCGUGAUUCGAGCAACUCGCAGUCUCCAACCAGGAGACGUAGUCGCUGAAAAUUACGGGCCUAUAUUCACGAAACGAAACUUAGAGGAGAGACGAAGAAAUCUGGCUGGAAGAUAUUGGUUUUUCUGCGAAUGCAAUGCUUGUCGUGAAAACUGGCCAUGCUUGGAAAUUAUGACAAACGAUGAUGUUAGACUGAGAUGUCCAACCAAAGGAUGCUCUAACAUUCACCAACGUCCACGAAAUUCCAGCAAAUCCAUCUUCGAAUGCUCCUGUUGUCGACGAAAAAUUGAUUUGAGAAAACCGUUGGACCACGUGCGCGAAUGCGAACAACUAUACACUCGAGGAUUUGAAGCAAUGGAAAAAGAACAACCCGAGAAGGCACUGGAGGCAUUCUUUGAAGCAACGAGCAAAUUUCAUAAAAUCGCUAUGCCGCCUCAUAAAGACACUCACUUGGCUGAAAUUGCAGCGAGCGCGUGCAUGGCGGAUGAAGGAAACGUUUACCGAUUUGAUUCUUUCCUUUGAUUACGCGAAUUCGCUACUAUCUAUUUGUGAACAACGAAACAGGAAGAAAUGAAAUUAACAGAAAUAGAAAAACAAAAAAAAUUAUGUGAUUAUUACGUUCAUCGUAGUUUGAUCAUUUGAGCAACAUUUAUCUCGAUAAAUAAUGAUUAAAAUAAAAAUAUUUCAAAGAACGAAAUUGUUACAAAUAUCACGUGAUAGAUCGGAAAAAAGGAGAAAUAUAUGGAUAAUCGAUGUGAGAGUGUAACAAACUUCACCCUCAAUUCGUAAGUUUUGCGAUUUUUUUGGCAUUUAUUUUUUAUAAUGCACAUGUUUCGUGAAAAAAUUAAAUUCCGUAUAUGAAAGUAGCUUUUCCAAGUUUCGCAUUUCGGUACAAAAUUCACUGGGUUCAAAGGGAAGGAGGGAAUCGUCAGUCGUUGAGGAAACAAGGAUAAGGAUAAGGACAAGGAUAUAUGGAUUGGGAUAAGGAAAAAUGUGGAAAAAGGUUAAGGUUAAGAAUGAGGAAAGCAGGAUAGAUCGAUCGAUGGGAUAUCGAUCGACGGACGUCGUGUUGCAACGCGUCCAGGUCGCGACCGGCGAGAUCUACGUCUCCUCUUUUACCUGUUGUUUCUUCGAGAGCCACAAGUUCCCUCGACAUUCUUUUUUCUUUCAUUCCUUUUUCUUUCCAUUUGUCCCUCGAUCCGAGAUUCUAAGGACAGCUCAUCGUGCAUCAUUGCGAUCGCUCCUCGCGAAAAGCUGAAUUUAAAACUAAUUGACUGUCGCAACGAGUUGGUACGCGAAUUGUCACGAUCCUCUCGUACUCGUCUCUCCCUCAAAAGUAAUAAACGCGAUCCAAAAACGUCUCGCGUGAGAUAAACGAGACGAGAGUACCGAGAAUCGUCGAGUACGAUUGUCACUCGACUAAUUAAUUCCAGGCCAUCGAAACGGGAACGCAUCAACAUUACAGAUCGCUCGAAAGAGAUCGUACGAUCGCUUUGCGCUCGCUGUUCAACCGCAACGUGGCCGAUUUUUAAACAUCGCGUUGCCUGUUGCGCUCACACGCGUACACUUCCGCUCGGUUUUUCUUUUUUUUCUUUUUUCUUUUUUUUUUUUUUUUUUUUUUUUUUUUAGUACAUUUUCUCUGUUUCUAUUUCUUUUAAUUCCGAUAUUCACUUUCAACACAUGCAUCGUUCUUUUUUCUCGUACAAUUAUAACGUUCUUUGUCAAAUUACGCGUGCUUCGCGGUUCUCGUCUUACACUUUUCGUAUCCUUUCUUCUUUUUUGUCGCUAAUUCGCGUCUCGCUACAACGCGUGGGCUCAUACUGAUUGAAGAACUACGAGACGACGAACCUCGUAUAAUUAUUUAUGAACCGGCACGCUACCAUCUUCCCUCAUACUCACUUUUUUUUUUUAUUUUCAAUCGACUGCGGAGGAACGCGAGAUCAGGCGAUACUGUUUCAUAUUUGAUGCUAUAUUUCAACAUACACACACACACACACUCUUUCUCUCUCUCUCUCUAUCUUUCUCUCUCUCUCUCUGUCUCUCUCUCUCUCUCUCUCUCUUUUUCUUUUUUCCCCCAGCUCUAUUCUGAUAUUUCUCCCAACUAUGCAUUCCAAGAUCAAUCGCAAAAACAUUUGAAGAGUGUAAAUCUUUUUUUUAUCGAAAAUCGCAAUAUGACCAUACGACGUUGGCGAUGACGAUGGCGAUGACAAUUACGACAAUGGCGACCAAUUAAGAUUGCGAUGACAAAAAGGAAAACAAAUAAAAAUUAAAACAAAAAGGAAACUAAAAAAUAACUUGUUCACAUGUUGAAAUAAAAGAAAAAUGUGUCACAACAAACUGCGCGUGUAACUUUCAAAACGCUUGGAAAGAAAAUUGUACACUUUAUUUUCCGACGAUAAAACUACAAACUGAAAUUUAAAAAAAUGUUCCGUUUCCAUGCAAAAUGGUAUAAAUUUUUUCGUCCUCUCUUACUUUCUUUUUCUCUCUCCCUCUCUCUCUCUCUCUCUCGCUUGCUCUCGCUCGCUCUCUCUCUCUCUCUCUCAUUUCUUCAUUCAUUCAUUCACUCGUUCAUUCACUCACUGACAAACCGCAGGUUUGCAUUGUCAAUUGAGAGGACAUUUUCAAAAUUUAGAGAAUCGACACGUUCGAGUAACGGUGACAAUUUUUACACGAUAAUCGAACGUUAUCGAUUCAUUAUCAAAAAUUACGAAAUAAUUAAUCCGAUUAACUCACAACGCGUUAAAUUUCUUAAAGUCAGAUAAUACAUUCAUCUGCUUCAAAGGUUAUACCCUCCUGGGGUAUCGACCAUGUUAUUUGGUACAAGCGAUCGUGAAAGUAUCGACAGUUUGUAACACGUCGCUAAAUAUAGAAUUAAACAAAAAAUUUUGCAUAAUUUGCUAUCGCGUUUAGUUGUUAAUCAUUGAACGAAUCGUUUUUUUUUUUUUUUUUUUUUGUUACUGCGAUGCAAAGUCACGAACGAACGAGGACCGAAGAGACAAAAGCGACACGA